AUGGUCUUGGCUCAGACUUUAACAGUCUCCCUACUGAAGUAAGUGCUGAAAAUUGCAUCUACUGGACAGGCUGCUCCUCGCUGCCCCGCAAAGCCACCCUGGCCACCAGCCCACCUCGACCCGCCACUGGACUCUGCAUUCCCGUUCAUGGCAAUGCCCCAGAACUCCACCAGAGAAAAUGGCUUUUGCUUCGCUCAGCCCCUCGACUUCUCCCGCCCGUCCCCUCAUCGCGGCGAGGCCGGCCGGCCGGCGGGCACAGCGAGCGGGGACGAUGGCUGCAGCACCCCCCUGAGCAAUGGCCUCGCGUCCUCGGGGGCUCCCAGCCCCUCGGGCUCCUGUGCCGAGCCCCUCUGCGUGCCCAGCCCGGCACAGGAGGAGACGCCGUUCGAAGAAGGGAUCAAAUACGUGUCUGCUGAAGGGGAGGAACUGGCCUGCGGCUGGGGGGGCUUCACCCCCGGCUGCCUGCAGCUCUGCAACACAUCCAAAGGGGUCUUGUUCUUCCUCUGCGUGGCCUCCUUCCUGCAGGGCAUGACCGUGAACGGCUUCAUCAACACCGUCAUCACCUCCAUCGAGCGCCGCUUCGACCUGCGCAGUUACCAGAGCGGGCUGAUCGCCAGCUCCUACGACAUCGCGGCCUGCGUCUGCCUCACCUUCGUCAGCUACUUCGGGGGCAAUGGCCACAAGCCCCGCUGGCUGGGCUGGGGCGUGCUGGUCAUGGGCCUGGGCUCCCUGCUCUUCGCCCUGCCCCACUUCACCACGGGGCAGUACGAGGCGCGCUCGGCGGCCCAGGUGGGCGUCUGCGGGGGGAACCAGAGCCUGCCCUGCUCCCAGGCUGCCUCCAGCCUCUCUGGCUACAGGUUUGUCUUCAUGCUGGGGCAGUUCCUGCACGGGAUGGGAGCCACGCCGCUCUACACGCUCGGCGUCACCUACCUAGAUGAAAACGUCAAGACCAACUACUCCCCUGUGUACAUUGCUGUUUUCUACACUGCUGCAAUCCUUGGGCCUGCAGCGGGUUAUCUGGUAGGAGGAAUGUUUCUAAAUAUUUAUACUGAAAUUGGCAGAGAGACCGACAUGGCCCCCGAGAACACGCUGUGGGUGGGGGCCUGGUGGAUCGGCUUCCUGGGGGCUGGGGCCGCCUCCCUCCUCAUCUCCAUCCCCAUCCUGGGCUACCCCCAGCGCCUCCCAGGGUCCCAGCGCUACAUCGUUAUGAGGGUGUCAGAGGCUCACCAGCUGAAGGAUGGCAGCCACAAAAAAGCGUCGGAUCCAGACUUUGGGAAAACAGUGAAAGAUCUGCCUCGGUCAGUGCUGCUACUUCUGAAGAACCCCACCUUCAUCUUCCUCUGCUUAGCAGGAGCAACGGAAGCGACCCUGAUUGCUGGCAUGUCCACGUUUGGACCCAAAUUCCUGGAGUCCCAGUUUAGUUUAAGUGCCUCUGAAGCUGCCACCUUUUUUGGUUAUCUGGUCGUGCCAGCCGGAGGGGGAGGCACAUUCCUGGGAGGAUUCCUCGUGAAUAAAUUUAAACUGCGCUGCUCAGGAAUCAUCAAGUUGUGUUUGCUGUGCACAGUGUCAAGUCUGCUGGCCAUAUUCAUUUUUUUUAUCCACUGCCCUAACAUGCCCAUGGCAGGAGUAACCCAGAUGUACGAUGGAAGUGCUUUGCCAGGUGGGCACCUCAACCUGACAGCAGCCUGCAAUGCCCAGUGUGGCUGUUUGCAGGACACCUACAGCCCUGUCUGUGGCACUGAUGGCAUCAUGUACUACUCCCCCUGCCACGCUGGCUGCAAAAGUGUGUCUGUAAACCUCAGGAAUGAGAAGAAGGUCUACCAAGAGUGCAGCUGUGUUGACAAAGCUCUCCUGCCUGGCUCUGGCAAAGCAGAGGCAGGGAAAUGCACCUCCUCCUGUGACAAAAAGCCCUUGCUCCUGUGCUUCAUGUUCGUGGUCAUCCUCUUCACCUUCCUGAGCAGCAUUCCUGCCCUGACUGCCACUCUGAGGUGUGUCUCUGACAGACAAAGGUCCUUUGCACUCGGGAUCCAGUGGAUUGUGGUACGAACACUAGGAGGAAUCCCCGGCCCCAUUGCCUUUGGCUCCAUGAUUGAUAAAUCCUGCCUGCUCUGGCAGGACCAGUGUGGAGAGCAGGGCUCCUGCUACGUUUACCAGAACUCAGCCAUGAGCCGAUACACCCUCGUCGCUGGACUGGUCUACAAGGUUCUCGGGACAACCUUCUUCAUAGUGGCCUGUUUACUCUACAAACCCCCACCUCCAGAGUCAGCUCCGGGCAGCUUGGAUGCAUCCGAAAAUGGCACCAGUGACCUCCAGGAGCACAAGCCUUCACUGCCAGCUGAAGAGGAUAUAUAGUGCUGUCCACAUGCAAGUGACUUUUUCAGCCUCAGAAAUAGCACGAGAAGACAUUAUGCAGUUUCCCAAGAGGUUUUUAAAUCAACAGUACUAUUUUAAAUUUUUAUUCUUUUUUUUUAGUUGAAGAUAAAUAAUUUAAGUGACCACUGGUGUGCUUUGCUAUUUUCUUAACAGCAGAAGCACAUUUAAAGUUGUGUGCUGGUGCCACGUGCAGUUAUUUAAUUUUAUUUAAAGAAAGGGCUACUGUAGCUUUAUUCUGUGUCUGUGACAAGCCAGGACCACGUUCUCCACUUGUGGAAGUAAUCACUGGUAACUCCAAUGGAGCAUGUGGGGUUUAAA